CUCUGGCAGCCAAGCUGUUGACAACAGUGGUAUACUUCCACCUUACCACAGGUGCCUGAAGAAGAGAUACCAUCUAGAAACAACACAUUGGAACUAAUUCUCAACAACUGCAUCCAGCCCUCGCUGAAUCCACCCCAUUUUCCACUCAUCUCGUGUGUGCAACCUGCAACUUUGACAAACUUCAUCUGAAGAAAAGUUCAUUAGAAACUUGACUUCGGAUUUUCUCUUAGAGCAAAUGAGUUUCUCAGGUCCCUCCAGCUACAAAGUCGGCACCAUGUCUGAGAAGAUGGAUUGUCACUACUGCCGGGACUCCCUGCAGGGCAAGAAGUAUAUACAGAAGGAUGGGCACCACUGCUGCCUAAAGUGCUUUGACAAGUUCUGCGCCAACACCUGUGUGGAAUGCCGCAAGCCCAUUAGUGCGGAUGCCAAGGAACUGCAUUACAAGAACCGCUACUGGCAUGAAACUUGUUUCCACUGCGCCAAGUGCCUUCGCCCUUUGGCCAAUGAGACCUUUGUGGCCAAGGACAGCAAGAUCCUGUGCAACAAGUGCACCACUCGGGAGGAGUCUCCCAGGUGCAAAGGGUGCUACAAGCAGAUUGUGGCAGGAGAUCAAAACGUGGAGUACAAGGGGAACGUCUGGCACAAAGAAUGCUUCACCUGUAGCCACUGCAACCAAGUCAUCGGGACUGGAAGCUUCUUCCCUAAAGGGGAGGACUUCUACUGCGUGACUUGCCAUGAGGCCAAAUUCGCCAAGCAUUGCGUGAAAUGCAAUAAGGCCAUCACAUCUGGAGGAAUCACUUACCAGGAUCAGCCCUGGCAUGCCGAUUGCUUUGUGUGUGUUACCUGCUCUAAGAAGCUGGCUGGGCAGCGUUUCACCGCUGUGGAGGACCAGUAUUACUGCGUGGAUUGCUACAAGAACUUUGUGGCCAAGAAGUGUGCUGGAUGCAAGAACCCCAUCACUGGGUUUGGUAAAGGCUCCAGUGUGGUGGCCUAUGAAGGACAAUCCUGGCACGACUACUGCUUCCACUGCAAAAAAUGCUCCGUGAAUCUGGCCAACAAGCGUUUUGUGUUCCAUGGGGAGCAAGUGUAUUGCCCCGACUGUGCCAAAAAGCUGUAAAUGCCAGGGGCUCCCCUGUCCUGUAAAAUGGAAAUUGAACCGCAUUCUUGGUGCCCUCCCCUUCCCCUGUGCCAUCAGUAGGGAAAGAGCGGUGUUUCACCUACUCCACGUUGUCGCGCUCUUUAUUUUUGCCUCCCAUUUUACAGUGUUACUCACCUAAAGGGCACACAGUGAUCAUCCUAGGAUUUAGCAAAAAGCAACUCUGCAGCGAACUUCACUUCUCUGUAGCUGCAAUGAAAACCUGCAACCUUAGAUAGACUGACUCUUCUGCAUGUUUACCAUAGAGCAGAAAAGUACUGAACCUUUAGCCACUUAGUGAUGUAAGCAAGAAGCCUAAGCGCUAACCCUUCCCCACUGAGCUGGCUGUCACGGCUCCGCUGGGACCCACCAUGCAGUCACACAACAUGCAAGAGAGUUGCAGCGGCUGCUUCAACUCGGGCUGCUCGCUCCAGCUCCGUGAGCAGACAAAGAAUUUCCCAUGUUGCAUGGUCGAACUCCCUCACCCCAACUGUGGCCUGCCUUCUCUGCUUUGUGCUUUCAAACAACUAACACGGAUUUCCAGGAAAAAUUAACAUUUGACCAUCGUAGCUGUAAUUCUGUCUAAAGUGACCUGCCUCUGUACUAACCGUUGAUCUCCCUAUGCAGUCUCUUUUCUGAGUGUUCCUCCCUUCGAGCCUGGGCCGGGCAGGUGGCUUGAAAAGCAUCAGCAGAGCCAAGCCAACGAGCCUGUAAGAAAGGAGCAGGGCACUGCGGCGGCUUGGGGAAGCUUAACCAAACUAACCCCACUGUCCCUCGUAGUUUCUUUAAUGUUUAAUUAAUACUCUGUUGUUUUCAUAAAUAAUGACAUAGUUUGAGUUUUGAAACUUGCAUGAAGACAUUUUAGCCCCCUUCCGACCUUCCUGCAGUUUUGAAAUUCAUCUCCCAGCAGUAACGCUCUAGAGGGAUCGCUGAGCAGGCGCCAAAGUACCCUUCUCGACGCAGACGGGGCAGUUCAAAGUGACGGCAAGUUGAAACUUGUAACAUAGUGGUUGUCUGCUCUUUGUCCCCGUGUUAGGGAUAGCUACCAAGUCCCUUCUCUUGUGACUCCCAGGACUUUUCCUCAAGAGCUCAACUGGAUAUCUGGGGUUGUGGGAGGCUCUCAUUCUCACGGGCAGAACCGGAUUUCCACCUGCUGCUUACAAGAAAUGCAGGCUCACCUCCUUACUGUAUUCUACAUUAUUCUAUUGCAUACUUUGAGACACUACCAUAGGUCAACAUGUAAUGACAGUACAUAUUAACCUUCUUGUAGGAGUGGUUCUAGAAGCUGCUGCCUCAUUUCUACAUUUUGUCAUUAGGUAUUCUCUAAUGUUUCAGUGUAUCUUGGCCGAAUUAAAAGCAGCAUAUCAAUAA